AUGUAUUUCAAAUAUAGGCCACAUAAAAACAUAACAUCCCUAUACGCUAACAGGAUAUGUGUGUUAUAUGAAGAUUAUAUUUUUGUCAUAGGAACCUGUGAGGAAAAACUCUGCACUGCCUAUGAAGAAAACGGCUUGCGGCCCACACAAACUCCUGGCACCACACACCAACGCACACACCCAUCGUACCCCAUGUACCUUUCCUUCCAGAAGAGGCUGGAGAGUUUUACUGCUUGGACUGCUAAACACGUUCACACACCAAGUCAGCUGGCCACAGCGGGAUUUUUCUAUGCUGGUUACGCUGACUGUGUUCGAUGCUACCAGUGCGGCCUUGGCCUCAAGUCCUGGAAACCUGGAGACGACAUUCACCUGGAGCAUAAAAAAUAUCGACCCACCUGUCCACUGCUUCAGCCUUAAGAAUUGUUAUAUUAAGGGAUUGGGAGUUAUCGACUGAAACAAUGAAACAUUUUAAUUAUUAAAUAAGAAUUUAUAAUCAAGUUUUUGAAUAGAGUGAUAUUAUCUGCCAUAAAUACUAUUCACAAAUAAUUUUACCUCUCUGUUUGUUACAGCACACAUGUACCACUUUAAGUUAAAUAUUCACUACAUAUCAUAUCCCGCUGUAGCUAUAGCUGUAAAGACAAAUUAGCUUUUCAUACUGUUAUCAUACAGUAGACGAGGUUGUGAGUUUUAAAAGUUUAAAUGUUGAAAUAAAAGGAAGAUGACGAUUUCCAGCAUUAAACAUUGCUUUUGAUGCAAAUGAUAAAAUAAGUGGGGUUUUUAAUAUUUCUAGAAAAACAAAAUCGAUGCCAAAUCACAUUUGAUAAACGUAGGACAUCCCGAAAUUAUCAAGAGAAUAUGUCGUUGUACA